UGGUUGCCAUCUGUGUUUGAAAAUCAAGCAGACGAAGAAGAAGAGGAAAGCGGAGAAGGUUGAUAAGAUAUUCACGUCCAAGGGAGACCUCACUGGGACGGGACAGGUGUACAUCAGAAUAUAGAUAAUGCUCAGACAUGGUGCCUUGUCAGACCCAUGUGUUGCUAAAGUGGCAAGAGCACUUCAAUAGCUCCUGGGCAGCAGAAGACGGUGUACAGACGGCCAGAAGGCAUGGAGCUGCUGUGCUCUACAAUAAGCUCCUUCACAACAAGGAAGUGGUGACUCUGGCCCAACCUGUUCAAGAACUCGUCGGCCCACGGCUGCCAGACUUUGAGUGCGAGUCCAGUGCCUCAGCGGAGAAGGAAGAGUACCUGUCAUCCCUGCUUCACAGCCAGAGAUGGCUGGCUCGCCGCAUGCUGACGCAAACCUCCUACACCUUGGGCCUCCACCACAGGCUGGUAGUUCUUCAACGGAUCUACUACGCACUUCACAGCAAAUACCAUGACAAAUUCCGCGUGCAGCUGCCCUCCCAGUCCACAGACAGUGGGACCGAAUGUGGGCAACUUGAGCUGGCCUCAGAGCCCUGCCUGCCAGGGGGAGCAUCCAAAGUCAAGUCGGGUACAGAUGUUCUGAUAGAGAUGGGUGUGAGGACAGGUUUGAGUCUGCUCUUCUCGUUACUGCAGCAGAAUUGGAGAUACGCAGCCUCUGUGCAUCCAGAAUCGGUGCUUUGCAAUGACGUGCUCGCCACAGCGUCCUCUGUGCUGGCUUCUCUGCCACCACUGUCUCUGGCUAAUGAGAACAAGAUCCCGUCAGUCGGGCUGGACUGCCUGGCACAGGUGGCUGACUUCCUGAAGAAGACAUCAGUGAGCUGUGGGACUGGUGGGGCAGACCCGACUGGUCGAAGGCUAGCGCUGGAGCUGCUGCUUGGCCUGGCCAUGCAGAGAGGCUCGCUAAAGUUUAUGCUGGAGUGGGUGGAGGUAGCCUUGGCUGCUUCCAUGUCCUCAUCCACCUCUACACUGUCUUCCUCCUCCACACUGAGCUUCCAGCAGUCAGCUGGUGUGGGAUUUGAUGUAAUCCAUCAAACGCUUCUCCAAAUGAGGCAAUAUUCGGGUUUCCGUGGGGACUCCGUCAAUACUCAGGUGCUGAAGAAGGACGCAGAUGGACUUUGUCGACUCUCUCAGGCAGCUCUCUGCCUGUUUGAGGAGAUUUGUAACCUAGCAUCCUACUGCCUGUGCUCCUGCAGCACUGAUGCAGCUGCUCCUGGUACAGAGAGCGACACUGUCAUGGUGUAUGUGUGGGGCAGCAACAGCAGCCACCAGUUGGCAGAGGGAACUCUGGAGAAAAUCCUGUUGCCAAAGCUGACUCAGGGCUUCAGUGAUGCCCAAAUGAUUGAGGCAGGCCAGUACUGUACCUUCUCAGUAUCUGCAGAUGGUUCAGUGAAAGCAUGUGGAAAAGGCAGCUAUGGCCGUCUGGGCCUGGGGGACUCUAACAACCAGUCCAUGCCCAAGAAACUUGUGCUGGAACCACAUAGGAACAUGAAGAAGGUGUCCUCCUCCAAGGGCUCUGAUGGUCACACUUUGGCCAUCACUGUAGAGGGAGAGGUCUUCAGCUGGGGUGAUGGAGAAUAUGGGAAACUGGGCCAUGGCAACAGUGCUACACAAAAAUACCCCAAAAUCAUACAAGGGCCGCUGUUCGGCAAAGUUAUUGUUUGUGUGUCUGCUGGCUACAGACACAGUGCUGCUGUGACUAAUGAUGGAGAGCUUUAUACCUGGGGAGAAGGCGACUUUGGCAGACUUGGUCAUAGUGACAGUCAGAGUCGGAACAUGCCCACACUAGUGAAGGACAUCAGUGGUGUAGGGCAGGUGGCCUGUGGCAGCUCCCACACCAUUGCUGUGGCGCAGGAUGGACGCACUGUGUGGUCCUUUGGAGGAGGGGACAAUGGUAAACUAGGUCAUGGAGACACCAAUCGUGUGUAUCGCCCCAAGGCCAUAGAGGCCCUGCAUGGAUUCAUCAUCAGGAAAGUGUGUGCUGGCAGCCAGUCAUCUCUGGCCCUUACCUCUGCAGGACAGGUGUUUGCCUGGGGCUGUGGCUCGUGUUUAGGAUGUGGCUCCUCUGAGACAACCUCUUUGAGACCCAGGUUCAUAGAAGACCUGAGUAUCACCAAGAUCAUUGAUAUUUCAUGUGGCGACAGCCACUGUCUGGCUCUGUCCCAUGAGAAUGAAGUGUAUGCCUGGGGGAACAACACCAUGGGCCAGUGUGGGCAAGGCCACACCUCGACACCAAUUACCAAACCCAAGAAAGUACUUGGUCUAGAGGGGGUGUCCAUCCAGCAAAUCACAGCUGGCACUUCUCACAGCCUGGCUUGGACUGCAGUUCCAACCGACAGACAACUGGUGGCAUGGCACAGGCCCUUUUGUGUCGACUUGGAAGAGAGUACAUUCACCUACUUACGCAACUUCCUAGAAAGUUACUGUGAUGGCAUCGGGAAUGACACACCCCCUGCCCCGUUCUUAUCUAAAAGGGACCACCAUCAGUUUCUUUUGCUGUGCAUGAAACUGCUGUCCAUCCACUUGUCCUUGGCCCAUGCUGGGGGCACUGGUGCUAUGGUUUUGGGGGCUCAGGGCAGGCCCCUCAGAAACCUGCUCUUCAGGCUCAUAGAUACCAACAUGCCAGACUCCAUACAACAGGCAGUUCUGAACACGCUGUCCAUCGGUGCGUCCCUGCUGCUGCCUCCACUGAGGGAAAGAACAGAACUGCUCCUGUCCCUCCUUCCACAGGGCCCUCAGAGCUUGAAUGUCCUCUCCAAGGGACAGCGUCUGCAGUUAGACAUGGUCCUCAGCAGCCUUCAGGAUCAGAGCCAUGUAGCUUCUCUACUAGGUUACAGCAAUUUUGGGGAGGUGACAGCCCUGGGACCCCCUCUGACACCUGCCAUGUCCGUCCGGCCACCCUCCUCAUCCAGCUCUAUUGAGGCCUAUGACCCUCUGCACUUAGCAGAGGUGCUGCUCAGAACCUUGCUCCUCAGCAUAGGCUUUUACACGGAGCGGGCAUUUGGGGAAUUGGAGAAAAACAGUGACAAGCAGCUAUCAAGUGAUAGCCAGGGACAGACUGACCCUCCCUCUCACUUCCACCAGCUGCUAUCUGGACUUCACAAACACCUGCUCGCCCAUUGCUACAUCCAUUCUAGCCCUGAGGAUGACAGCAGUGUAGCGCUGCUUCGUGAGCAUCUUUACCUGCUGCUUCCCUGUGCUGCUGAGACACUCAGGAGAUCCACCAAACUGUUGAAGGAGAGUUCCCUGGAUAAACAAAUAAUCAAGAAGCUGCACAUGGUGUUGUACAACUCUGUGGCUGGCAGCCUGCUGUGCCAGGUAAUGUACUCCUUGCUGCUGCUGCCCCUGGGCACAGUUCAACCUCUCCUGAGCCAUUUACUGGCCUUGUUGGAGAAUCUCAAUGAUUUCAACAGGUUGCUGCCAGACACGGGCCUCCUGGAGGAACAAGAACUAGGGAUGGAGGCACAGAAAACCUGUUUAGAUAAGAGUGAAGAAAACACAUGCCUUGGACAGCAGCAACAGGAGGAGGAAUGCAAGUGGGUUUGGCUGUUGGACCUGGAACGGUCUGUAGCGUUGGCGGUUGGCCGUUGCCUUGGUGGUAUGCUGCAAGGCCCGCCGCCCUCACUUCAGGAGAAAACGUCAGAGUUCUGGCUAUCGAAUGUCCUACUCAGAAACGGCCUGGAGAUGGACUUUGAACAGCUGGACUCUAUUAUGGCAUGGCUGACUGAGGUGGUACUGCUGGGCAGUAGUGAUGCCAGGCUGGCAGAGCUCAGUCUCAAUGAGGAAACCAGGACUUUGCUGGAACUGGCAUUGGGAACUUCCAAAGCACUUGCAGGUGGCCUGUGGCGGAAAAUGGAGGAGUAUGCUCAAAGCAAAGAAUGGGAGAGUGGGGGCUCUUCAGGCGACCAUUUGCUACAGACUGUCUGUCGCUGCAGUCUUGCUGUUCUUCUGAAACACACUGGGCUGCAGACUGAGGCCUGUUUGCAGGACAGAUAUGAGCCCUGUGAGAUGUUGUUAGACGUCUAUGAAACAGUUUAUAAAAUCAGAAGCACCCUGUUGGCCCAUAAAAACUGUCCAAGGACGUCACAGGUGCAGACUGCUGCCAAACAGACCACUCAGUCUCCCCAAAGUCCUGAUGCAGACAGGCAAGAGCCAAGCACCUCAGUGGAGCAGGUGGGAAAGGAUCAAGAGCAGCAGUCAAGAGGUCACUGUAGCCGGGAGGUGCAGGUGCCCCCACCUCCCACAGCAAACCACAACCAGGAAGAGGUUGCAGAGGAGGACACAAUUGGCAACAGUCGUAUGUACCUGUCAGAAGUCCUAGAAUCAUUCAUGGCAACCCGGGAGGCCAUGCAAGUACAGCAAAACAUGACGGUGUACGAAUCCUUUGGCACUUCCGCUCUCCCCAGCAGCAUGGAGAGCCCAGUCAGCCCAGAGAGGGAGCUGGAUCCCAAGCAGCAGUGGGAGAAGCAGAGGGAAUCUGAGGAAAGCUUGUCUUUCUCUGCUGCCUGCCAUCUGGUGGUGUCCCGCUGUCUCUUCCUCCUGCUGGGGGUCAGGCCUGCUUGGGUGGAACCUAACGAAAGGGAGAAUAGUCAGGCUAUCAACACUGGAGCAAGGAAAUCAACAACAGAAUUCUUUACGUCUGUUGAUGGCCGAAAACAGUCUGACCAAUCCAAAAACUCCUUGGGAUCUUCCAAUAAAAAAAUGGGAUUACCUCUGUGUUCUCUGGGCAUCAUGAAAGAUGCUUGGGAUCGCCUGCGGCAAUGUAUCAGCCCAACCACCACUAUGUCCCACUAUGGCAACAACACUUUGCCUAUUCUUAACCAGGUGUUCCACUUUGUCUGUGGAAGCCUGAUCCACUUGUCAUCCUCCCCACCAACGCUGCCCGGUGGACAGACUUGUAGUCAGGCAGAUCCGAAGGCCAUUACUUUUGCUAUACUGCAGCAGCAACAGAGGGCUGAGUUGCGUCUGGAGGCCUUGUGUCAGAUGUCAUCCUUCCUGUCUAAGAUGGAGGAAAAGAGCAGUGGGUUCACCGUCUCCCCUCAGUUCCCUGCAUUGUUGCAGUCCGUGCAGCUUCAGUUCCUCUCUGGAUGCUUUGCUUUGGGAACACAAAUCAUCGGCUCUCACUCUGGAGCUAAUUAUGAGAUGCAGCACUACAUGUCUGGUACGCAUUCAGCUUCUAUGGAUACGCAAAGAGAGCUACAAUCUGCAGCCCAUACCUUCUACCAGCAGGUGGUGCGUGUCCUCAAACAGAGGGUCCUGUUGGAAAGAGAACAUCCAGGUUCCUGCCAGCACCUUCUCCUAGCCACAAUGUUUGCACUGAAUUUCUGCUACCAACCAGUGGACCUGGUGCUGGUCAUCAAAUGUGGCAUCCUGGAAAUCCUUUCAAUGCUGACCAACAACAGCUGUGCACUGAUGAACCAGGGCUGGUUUGCAGCCUCUACAUCUGGAUCCAUGCUACUAAGUGGGGCUGUUAGACUAGCUUGCGCCCGCCUGCUUCAGAUAUUGACUGUGGCUGCGAGCUCCUGUGAGGAUUUGCUACCUAUGGAUGUAUCCCAUGCUCUAAUGGAAGUGAUGUGUGAGCAGCUCCAAAAUAUCCUGUAUACUUUCCACCAACAGCAGACAGCAGAGAGAGGAACAGCUGAGAGAACAGAUCUGGAUUCCGGCAGCAAGAGCGCAAAUCUACUUGGAGUGGAAAGCAGCAAAGUGGUUGAAUCUCAGCUUGCAGAUUUCUUGGUGUUUCUGAGGCGUGUACUGUCAUUAAGAGUAAUGAAAAGACUUUCUACUUUUGUCAAAUGGACUGAUCCACUCAUGGCCAUUAUUUCACACAAGUGCUCUUUAGGAUCUCCAUGCUUCCAGAACCUUCGAACUAAGCUUUUGGCCUUCCAUGUUUUAGAAAGAUUGUUACCUGCUUGUUCUGAACCUGUUCAUAUUCAACAGAUUGUUAAACAACUCUUUCAGCUCUUGUCUGUUUAUAUGUGGAAAGAACCACUAGCUGAGAGGAACCACGAGGAGACAGUUGAAAAAGACAAGAGGAAUCCUGGCAGCUAUGAUGAAUGUAUUCCCAUUGGAGAUUUUUCCUUUGAUCCACACAAGCUAAUCUGCUGUUCUUUGGAGAGUGGGAACAUCCUCUCCCAUGGCUCAGGAGGGAAAGGCUACGGCCUGGCAACCACUGCUAUCACAUCUGGGUGUUUCAUUUGGAAGUUCUACAUUACCAAAGAGAACAGAGGCAAUGAGGGCACAUGUAUUGGUGUUUCACGCUGGCCAAUCAGAGAUCACAACCACCAUACCACCACUGACAUGUGGCUGUAUCGUGCCUAUAGUGGCAACCUGUACCAUGGAGGGGAACUGGUCCGCACACUUCCUUCCUUUACCCAGGGUGACACAAUCACCUGCAUCCUGGACAUGGAGGCUCACACCAUAUCAUUUGCUAAGAAUGACAAGGAGCCGAAGUUGGCAUUUGAAGGUGUGGUUGCCUCUGAACUGUACCCUUGUGUGUUGUUCUACAGUAGUAAUCCUGGAGAGAAGGUGGCACUGCGUGACCUCCAGAUGCGAGGCAUGCCCAGUAAUCUACUUCCUGGGGACCCUCUAUGCAGCCCUCACACCACGGUGCUGCUGGAGUCAACAGUGCAGCUCCUCCGUAGGCUCCAUCAGUGUGACCAGUGGGCCUCGCACAUCAACCACUACAUCCAUACUCACCUGGAGCUCAUUGGUCCCCUGCUGAAAGAGGAUGACUUAGGAAGCUUCAAUUCAGGCCUCAGUCCCACACACUUUAAGAAGGAAGAGAAUGAAAGAGAGAGAGACACUGCUGGUGACGACACAGGGGAAUUGUUGGCACAUCGUCGAUCCCUGUCAGAAGCCAAACUAGCUGCUCUUUGCACUGAAGUGUGGCCGGUACUGGCCCUGAUCGGAGGAGUGGACAAUGGUCUCCGGGCUGGAGGUCUGUGCCUGCACAAGCCCAGUGGGCGCAGGGCCAUUCUGCUGGGAGUCCUGAAAGAAGGAAGCUCCCUGGCCAAGCUUCAGUGGGAGGAGGCAGACCUCUCUGUCAGCUCCAUGAAUUCUUGGUCACCCAGCGACAUGCCGAUCAUCUCAUUGGAGCCCUGUGACAUAUCCUGCUGCGAUGUCACCCCGCUCGGAGGCCUCAAACCGACGGUGUUGUUAGAUCUGAUUUAUUUGAUGGGGCUGCUGGAGGAGCAGGGAUGGCUGGGGGCUCAUCCAGCCCACAAAGGGAAAUACUCAGAGGAGAACAUGAAAGAGAAUAAGAUGCAGUGCUGUCUGGAUGAAGACAUGUCCGAUGACAUUAGAUGGCUGACAGAAGAUGAGAGGAAAAAAUUUAAGGAGCAGAAGGUUGAGACAGACCCCUUCCCAUCACCGUCCUCAACUAAAGAUGCUGCAAAUAUCACUGACCAUCAGGAGUUGACCUGUCUACCUCAACCUCCCCAAGCAUCCCAAACCACCAAAGUGGAUGCCUUUGCCCUUGAACUGAGAGCAGUUAGAGUCUCAUACCUUCUCGUUGGAGCUUUGAAAUCCCUGACUGUCAUUUUCAGUAGUGAGAAGCUAUCAGAUUUGCUCCUAGUGCCUAAACAUGACCCUCCCAACUCCUCAAUGAGUCCCCUUUCCAGCCCAAACCCUGACCAGGCCAAAGCCAGCAGCAAACCGUGGGAUGAGAGUGCUGAGCUGAGAUCAGUGCUACAGUAUGUAGUGCAGAGCAUGGUGAAGUGGGCAGUCAGGCCCUGUCCCAUCAAACAGAGUGUGUCUCUUGCCGACCUGGAAAGGGCUCAGGUCAUGAUCUACAAAGGAGCCAUUAGCAGACUGCAGGAGGACAAAGAACACAAAGAAUCUGGCCACCACUUGUCUCAGACCAUUUCCAAGUCUUCCAGCUCUGUGUCCUUGUACAGCGCGGGUUCAGAAGGCACUGCCAUCUUUGGCCAAUCAAACAGAGCCUCUGCCUCUUCCUCUAAUACUGACUUGGCAUCUUCUCUGCCAACAAACCUGCAGGCAGAUGGCUUUGAUAAUUUCAACCCUUUCUUUCCCAUCAGCCUCCUCCAGCACAUGGUCUUAACUCGAUUUCCUACGCUUACCGGCCUGGUUAGCACUCCCCCCGUGCUGCACCCUUGCUUCAACCUGGCCAGCUCUGCUUCUUGUGAUGCCUUCACAGAGCAGCAGACUAGCUUCAUGGAACCAGGUCCCUGCAGCACACAGGCCAGAAGUAGCCUGGAACGGACACAAAUGUUUGUCACCAGUCGGUUGCUAGAAAUGGGAUUCUCUAUGAGACAUAUCUACUGGGCCAUGGAGGCAGCAGAUGUAGCAGGUGACCUGGACUCUCAAACCAUUGAGGUGUUGGCCAGCUGGAUGCUAGAGCACCCCCUGACUGAGGAGCCGCAGGCAGCUGAGUCAUCUAGACCGGAAGGUGCUCCUGACACCCCGUCGCCAGAUGGGCCAGAGACGGUACAAUGUCCUGAGCGCCCCACCAGUCAACACAAUGAAAGUCUGUUGCCAGGGCUCGACUGGAUAGAAAGGGAGAACUUCUUGGAUGUCCACCUCACUAGGAACAGACCUCCUCCAGCACGCCGGCGACGCUCAGGCCCGAGUCAGAGGACCUCCUUCCGAAGGGCAGCGAACAUCAUCUUUUCAGACUUGCCGUCACCCAACCCCCUCCCGCAGCUGUACCAACAACACACAUCGGUCAGUGAUUGGCCAGAACAGGUGGAGUUUCAUCCGUACUCUGUUGAGGAGGAGUCAGAGUUGGGCUACAUGGAUGACCCAUACCAUGAAGAAACUUAUGAGGACCUGCUCACCCCUUCAUUCUUCAGCUUGGAGAGAGAUACGCUCCAGAUAGUGGAGGCCGGAGAGGAACACAGUCAGAUGGUGAAGUGUGAGCUGUGCAACACCCUUACCCUGCAAUUUAACAAUCACAUAAAGCGGCGUCACCCAGGUUGCGGUCAGAGUGCCGCACGUAAGGGUUACGACAGCACUGGGUCCUACGUGGAUGUCUGGUUCAAAGGGGAGUGUGGCUCCAAUUUCCCCUUCUACCUCCUCUGCAGCUCCUGCAGGGAAAAGUAUCUGGCUGCAAACCUGAGCGAUCCGAGUUCUAAAUAUGAAAGGAUUAAAGGUCUGACAUCUGAUUUGAUUGGCCAAUUGGAUAGCACUUCUGAUGAUGAUUGGGAAAUAAACCACCAAGAAGAGUGUGACACAGACAAGCUGACAGGACUGGAGGACUUUGGGCUUUUGCUGAGACCACUGGGGCUGACUGAAAAGAAGCUGGUGCCAGACCCCAUUGCCUUCACUGAGCCAGAUCCCCUCGGAGCCCUGGUUUACAGCUCAGCUGACCCUACGAGAACAGUAGCUCCCAAUGGGAAUGCCCUUGUUGAGCAGAAGACCUCUCUGAGCCUUGGACAGCAGGCAGUAUCACUGAGGGACUCUCAUGAUAGACUAAAAGCUUUAAGAAGAGUCACCUCCACAGCCCAGAUUCUGCUAGCUUACAGCAUGGUGAUGAGAGCACUAUCUCAGACUGCCUCCAGUGCAUCAGUGUGUAGCCAGUCUAACGGACUAGAGUCCUUGGGUCUGGCAGAUAUUCGUAUCCUGGUUCGUUUAAUGACUCUAGCAGCAGGGGGCAGGGCUCACACCUGUGUGGACAGACAGCCAGGUGUGAACGGACUGGCGACAGAGCGCAACAACUCCACCUGCCUCAGCUUCCUUUCUUCAGCCAUCGGCAGUGUGGUGUCGCACAGCCCUACUGCUUACAGACAGCUAGUGGAGAUAUGCACUCAGGACCUAAUGGCAGCAGCUACAGGGGUGAACAUCGGGGCCAUCAAUGACCCGCAGCAGAGAGGUUGUCUGAAUUCCAGUCUAACAGCUGCAGCCCAAGGAGCCCAACAACAGAAGGACUACAAUGAGCAGAUGCCCCCUACAUUCCUGGUCACACAAAGUCUGGUGUCCCUGCUCACUGAAAAGGGUGUUCACUGUUACAGCCCAGAUAGAGCUGAACAUGAGGCUAAUGAUGCAGGAAACCAAGGGGUCUCUUCGUCCUUGCCUCCUUCCCCUUUACCCCACCCGAGUGUCAGAGUGGAUCCCCUGGAACUGGCUAAUGCGUUGGCAGCAUGUGUCCUGUCUGCCAGGCUGACCAGUAAACACCGCCAGUGGGCAGCACAGCAGCUGGUCCAAGCUUUGGCUGCCACGGGAAGGGAUGGUCCUAAUCGGCCCCAAACAUACAGUGACCUGGCUGGCGAUUUGCGCAAAUGUCCUCUCAAGAGGCUGGAAGGGCAUUACAACAAGGUGACCAGCUGUUCCUGGAACAGUGAGCAGAGUUUGCUGGCUACAUGCUCUCAGGACAAGGUGGUGCAACUAUGGAGCAUCAACCAAAGCACUGUGGAGUUACAGACCACCUUCUCCUGCAUUGCCAGUAAGACGGACAGAUCAAGCAGUGAGAGGGCCGGUAGAUGUCACCACAUGUCUCCUGUGUACUGGAGUACAGGGGGAAACUUUUUGGCUGCCCCAGAGAACAAACACAUCAACAUCAUGAACAUCAGGGGUUCUCACUGUCAUGUGGAGGCUCAGGUGUCUCGGGUCACAGCCCUCUGCUGGGCUCAGGCCUUCAGCUUGUGGGUUCUUGACCAGCCAGCGGCCUGUAAGAACAGACCUGCUGAGAGCCUGUUGGUGGGACGGCUGGAUGGCUCCCUCUGCUGGCUGCAGGUCGCAAUGCAAGAGAUAGACUUGCAUGUAAAGAGCACCGAACUCACCCAUUGCCACAGGAAAGAGGCUCCCCAGUGUGUUGCCUGGCACACUGAAGACAAGCCUUUUGCAGUGGGAUAUCCCAAUGGAAAGAUCCUUUUGGCCACAACUGAGACCUAUGAGAAUGAGCAGUCAGUAGUGCUGUCUGUCUUCCAGGAUAGUGUGAGUUCUCUAAAAUGGGACCCCACAGGACACUUGCUGCUCUGUUUGGGGAGAUCGGAGGUAGUGAAGAUCCUGGGGCGCUCUGGGUGCACCUGGGUGACCCUCCACUCCCUCAUUCACACCAGCACCGUUAACAUCGCCGAAUGGUGCCCACUCGCUGGCAGAGCACCGGAUCCCAGGCUCAUGAUGGCUGUAGGUUGUCAGAAUGGCUCUGUGCAUGUCUGGACACUGCCACAGGGGGGUACCGUUGUAUCUUUGCCAAACUUAUUGAACAGCCCCCCAAGCCAGGAUAAAAGCACUGAUGUCAAGCAGGAGAGUGCAAAGUGUGUGUUUGUACUUCAUGGCCACAUUACGGCAGUCAAGUCCCUUUCAUUUUGCUCCAGUGGACUGGCUCUGGUCUCUGGCGGGAUAGGGGGACUGCUCAACAUCUGGUCCUUACAGGAUGGUUCAGUCUCACAGACCGUUACAGGUCUGGGUUCAGUCGUCAGUACUGCCUGGAUACCAAACUUGGGUGUAGCUGCCUGCUUUGGGAGGUCGAAGGACGUUUUGUUGAUUUACUGCACCCCUGACUGGAUCAGUCAAAAUCACGUGCUAGCUUCCUGUCGUAUGGUCCUCAGAAGCCAGAACAUCCUGGGUCUAAAUCGGGCGCCUUGUUUGGCUGUCUUCCUGGAGAGGCUGCCUUUGCUGUUGCAGGAGCAGUACAGCUAUGAGCGGAGCCAUGUGGCAGCCGGUGACCAGCUAGUCCACAGUGCCUUCCUGCAGAGCCUGGCCUCCUUGACUGUUGGUUUGUCCUUAGAGAAACACCUGUGCCGUUACCCACACCCCCUACACCACACCAGUCCUGAUGCCCACUCCUGCCCAUCAGAGUGGAGCUGGCUCGCCACUUUCGCCACUACUGUCCGCAGUGCUGAGGCCAUUGCCAGCGGUACUGCUUUCCCAGAAUCCUUCAUUGUUUCAGAGUUUCAGGAGGUGGAUGACACUGAAAUCACCAAGGCACUGGACAAUAGUAAGUGGAGCUUCAGGAUGGAUGAACAGCUGAUGUCAUGGGCUACCACCAGACCAGAGGACUGGCAACAAGGGGGGAAGAGUGAGGUUUACUUGUGGGGGAACGGACGUUACGGACAGUUGGCAGGAAUGGGAACCAACCUCAUGAUGCCUACUCUUGCACCCUCUCUGUUACAGACACAACAGGUUGUGUGUGGACAGAACUGUACCUUCCUGGUCCAGUCCAAUGGGACAGUACUGGCUGUAGGAGAAGGACAAUAUGGCAGACUGGGCCAGGGGAAUUCUGAUGAUCUCUAUGUCCCCACUAUUAUCUCUGCUUUUCAAGGGUAUGUGGUGACUCAACUGGUGACAUCCUGUGGAUCUGAUGGACACUCCAUGGCCCUGACUGAGACUGGGGAGGUGUUCAGUUGGGGAGAUGGAGAUUUCGGAAAACUUGGCCAUGGCAACAGUGAAAGGCAGAGGAGACCCAAACAGAUAGAGGCCUUACAAGGAGAAGAUGUCAUUCAGCUUGCCUGUGGUUUCCGGCACUCAGCUGUGGUAACAGCAGAUGGGAAACUGUUCACCUUCGGCAGUGGUGAAUCUGGUCGUCUGGGUCAAAGGUCAACAUCCAACAAAAUGCUGCCUGAGAGGGUGGCUGCCCUAGAGGGAUAUCAUGUGGGACAGGUGUCAUGUGGUCUCAACCACACACUAGUGCUAUCCCUUGAUGGCAUGGUUGUGUGGGCAUUUGGAGAGGGGGAUUAUGGCAAAUUGGGAACAGGUUCCUCUACAGCGAAAUACUACCCUCAGAAAGUGGAUCAGCUUUGCAACAAGGGAAUUAAGAAGAUCAGUUGUGGAACUCAGUUCUCUGUGGCGUUGGCCUGUGAUGGACAUGUUUACACAUUUGGACAAGAGCGCCUGAUCGGCCUGCCGGACUCCAUGUUGAAGAAUAAAUCCUGCCCCCAGGUGGUGCCGUCUCUGGAGGGGCUGUUCAUAGAAGACAUUGCUGUGGGCUGUGAACAUGUGCUCGCCCUGUCCUCCACUGGAGACGUCUAUGCCUGGGGCUGCAACAGCGAGGGACAGCUUGGCCUUGGACACUCCAACCCAGUGAAGGAGCCCACCCUCAUAACAGCCCUCCAGGGGAAGAAUAUCAGACAGAUCUCCGCUGGCCGCUGCCACAGUUCAGCAUGGACCACCCCCUCUACCUCGACAAAAAACUCAGGUAGCCCUGGAAAUUUCCAGCUAGGCCUUCCCCAGUCAGUCCCUCCCCAGUACAACACUCUGAAAGACUGCAGCCCUGAUGUCCUCAGCAUGCGCCUCAGAGUACUCUACAACUUUUCUGAUCUCAUGUACAAGUCCUGGAAGCUGCUCAACCUGGAUGCCAAGAAUCCAGUUUCCACUUCACGCUACAGUUCAGGGACGACUGCCAUCAUCCGGGGUGAGCUCAGAGGCCUUCUGUCACCCAAGGUCAACACUCUGCCUCUAGUGCGCUCCAUUGGUAGAACAAUGACCCAGGGCAAAACAUAUGGGCCACAGAUCACAGUGAAACGGAUUUCCACGAGAGGGCGUUCGAGCAAGCCCAUCUUUGUGCAGAUUGCGAAGCAAGUGGUGAGCCUGAAUCCUCUGGAGCUGCGGCUUCCAUCACGAGCCUGGAAGGUCAAGCUUGUCGGAGAGGGAGCCGACGAUGCCGGAGGAGUGUUUGAUGACACCAUCACAGAGAUGUGCCAGGAGUUGCAGUCUGGUGUGGUGGAUCUUCUGAUUCAUACCCCCAACAGCUUUGCAGAUGUGGGCAGCAACACUGACAGGUUCCUGUUGAACCCAGCGGCACUCUCAGAGGAUCACAUGGUCCAGUUUCGCUUCCUGGGAAUCCUCAUGGCUGUGGCUAUCCGUACCAAGAAACCUCUGGACUUGCAUCUGGCUCCUUGGGUGUGGAAACAGCUCUGCUCGAUGCCAUUGGGAGGGCCUGACCUGGAGGAGGUAGACCUGCUCACCUACCGCACCCUCCAAGGCAUCCUUCACCUGGAAAACAGUGGAAUCACAGAGGAUAAUUUUCAUGUGAUGAUCCCACUGGAUUCGUUUAUGGCCCACAGUGCAGAUGGAAGGCUGGUACCUGUUGUUCCUGGAGGUCAAAACAUCUCCCUGACCUUUGCCAACCGGACUGAAUAUGUGGAGAGAGCUCUGGACUACAGGCUGCAUGAAAUGGAUUCACAGGUGGCAUCAGUCAGAGAGGGCAUGUCCGCCAUCAUCCCUGUGCCCCUCCUCUCCCUGCUGACAGCACAGCAGCUGGAGCAGCUGGUCUGUGGCCUGCCAGAGGUCUCUGUUGAGAUGCUGAAGAAGCUGGUGCGUUACCGUGACAUCACCGAGAGCCACCAGCUCAUUGGCUGGUUUUGGCAGAGCUUGGAGGAGUUCACCAAUGAGGAGCGAGUGCUUUUCCUACGUUUCGUCUCUGGCCGAUCCAGGUUGCCUUCCAACCCAGCUGAUAUCACACAGAAGUUCCAAAUCAUCAAGGUUGAUAGGCCCGUCAACGGCCUCCCUACUGCUCAGACCUGCUUCUUUCUGUUUCGCCUGCCCCCGUACACAAGCCAGGCCAUCCUCGCUGAGCGUCUGCGUUACUCCAUCCACAACUGCCCCUCCAUCGACAUGGACAACUACAUGCUGACCCACAACACCGAGCCAGCAGACAGCUCCGACGCAGAGGACUGAAGCAGCUACCUGUGGUCAACAGUGUGAUGAAUGUAUCUUCUCCCAUGCCAUGCACAUUAUGCACUGAACACACAUUUUUAUUCGCCAAACCUGUAUGGUAGUGUACUGUUUAUAUGUUGGUUGAUUUAAAGAUAUGUGUAGCUUUGGUUUUACAACUGUGCAAGGUGUUGUAAUUAUUGCAGUGCUUACUCUGAAUCAAAACUACAGGGAUACAGAAUAAGAUUUUUAAAAAUAUAGGUGAAUAAGCCACAAUAAAAGAGUUAAUGUGCCUGUUUGUUUGAAAAUAUGUAAUAAUUUAAUGACCUGUCCUACAAAGGCAGUAUUAUUGUAAAAUAAAGUGUUUAAAUAAGGACUUUUAGUGAAUUGUAUUUGAAAUCUCUGCAUCCAAAAGUGAAAAAGAUCAGGGUGUACAUCACAAGAAGUACAUACAUUCAGAUUAUGAAUUAAGUGAAUAUUCUGUCGAGAAAGUGAAUGUAAAAGCUUGCUUGUAUUAGCAGUGGAUGGGAUAUUGCAUACAUGGGCAACUGCAUAUUGUGCAUAGACCAACUGAAAACAGGAAGUGUAAAUAGAGUAUAAAUAUGCAGAGGCUAAAGAGUGGAUUGUUUGAGGCUAUCAGAAUAAAAUUUGUUGGAUGAUAGUAAGAAA